CCAUGCAGAGCACGUGAUUGAUAAAUGUGAACCGAUGUGUGUAGGUUGAAAUCUAAGGCUUUGAACAGUCACUGCCACAGGAGACACCCAAACCUUUAUACACCCUAGAUCUACAGAAUGCCACCAAAACAGGAAGAUCUCUUGACCUUGAAAUUAAAACACCUCAAAUCCACAUAUUUCAUCAGGGUUCCCCUCACAAAGUCCACCAUUGGCGAUGUUAAAACGAGACUCACGGAGCAACUCUCCGUCACUGGGGGCUUGAGGCUUGAGGACGGAUCAAAGGACGAAGACCUUGACAUGGAAAUUCCAAAACCAAGCUUUGAUACUGGUGACUACGAAAAGGCCCCCGGCGUAGCCAAUGAUGACAAUACCGUGACAAACAUCUUGGCCAAAGACAUCCAGUUGGCGUUGCCGAACGAUAAGAUCUUGUCGGCGCACGCGUUGAUUUGGUUGCCUGUUGCGGAAAACGACAAGACAAAGCUCGAACUGUUAGAGCUCAGCGAGGGAGAUGUCCUAGCCUUCAAGCUUACGCUGGAAGACGAGUUCCGUGUGAUUGUCCCGCUUGAGGAUGAGGAGGAAUAAACUACAUGACGACUCAUUAGGUAAAUGCAAAUGCUUAAAAUCAAUUAGUUUUAUUAUGCGAAAUGACGCGUAGUUGUACAAAAUAAUAAAGUAAUUAACUUAGUUAACCAAGGCAGAAGCGGUGGCGGACUCGUACUUCCAGUUUGGUGGCAAGACGGAGACGGUUCUGUAGUAACGAG